CAAGUUCCAGAGCUUCAGGCAGCAAUAUGAUGUGCUCAAAGUGAAAAAUUCCUUACAGAUCAUCUGUAGUAACACAUUAUAAUUUGAAUACAGGUAAAACCAGAACAUCUGGUUAGAGUUCCUAAGACCAUUAACACUGUCUUCCAUCCUAAAUUCAUUUACACAGUAGCUGGCAACUUGUCAGCGAUUCCUUCUGGUCCCAUCUGAAGUAAACCCAAUCCAUUCACCAAAUCCACGCUGGGGUCCUCCAGCCACCACUGGGAAUUCCUUCCUUCAUUCCAGGAAUAUUUACUAAGGAUCUACCAAAUGUUGGCACUAAGACUUAAUCGCUCUAAUCUUUACUCUCAUCUUGCUUACUAUGUUUUGGGGAUACGCAUUACUUUUCCAUAUGCGAACAAUUUAAAAAAAUAUAAAUGAGAAAAACUAGAUGGAGAUGGAGAAUUGGAAUUGCCAGCUAGAGACGGGGGACGGUAGCUGCUUAGGUUUGGUCCAUGUCUCCUUUCUCUCCCACUCCCUUGAGCGCGCUGGAGACGACCUCAUUCUCGCAGCCACAGAUUCACCUUUUGGGAGUUUUGCUGGCCAUUUUAGGAAACUUGAUAAUCAGCAUUUCCCUAAAUAUUCAGAAAUAUUCUCAUCUUCAGUUGGCACAACAAGAGUACCCGAGGCCAUACUUCAAGAGCGUGCUGUGGUGGGCUGGAAUCCUACUGAUGGCCGUGGGAGAGACGGGGAACUUUGCAGCCUAUGGAUUUGCCCCCAUCACUCUCAUCGCCCCGUUAGGCUGCAUGUCUGUUACAGGUAGUGCCAUUAUCUCUGUUACAUUUCUGAAAGAAAAUUUGAGAGCCUCAGAUUUACUAGGUACGACAUUGGCAUUUGCAGGAACAUAUUUGUUGGUGAACUUUGCUCCAAAUAUAACUCAGGCCAUCUCAGCAAGAACAGUACAGUAUUACUUUGUCGGCUGGCAGUUCCUGGUCUAUGUGAUUUUAGAAAUAUUAAUUUUCUGCAUUCUCCUAUAUUGCUAUAAAAGAAAAGGAAUGAAGCACAUAGUGAUUCUGCUAACCCUGGUGGCACUUCUAGCCUCAUUGACUGUUAUUUCAGUCAAAGCCGUCUCAGGCAUGAUCACUUUUUCUAUGACGGAUAAAAUGCAACUAACUUAUCCCAUCUUCUAUAUCAUGUUUAUCAUCAUGAUAGCAUCUUGUGUUUUCCAAGUCAAGUUCCUGAAUCAAGCCACGAAACUCUACAAUACAACAACGGUGGUGCCAGUUAACCAUAUUUUCUUUACAACCAGUGCCAUUAUUGCAGGUAUCAUAUUUUAUCAGGAAUUCUUUGGUGCCGCUUUUCUCACCAUAUUUAUAUAUCUUUUUGGGUGUUUUCUGUCAUUUCUUGGAGUGUUUUUGGUCACAAGAAAUCGAGAAAAGGAACAUCUGCAGCAGUCUUAUAUUGAUUUUGGAAAUAUUCCUGGGAAACAAAUGUUGGACAAAAUACAACCAGAUUCAAAUAGCUUAUCCUAUGGAACCUUGCCUGAUGGAAGCAACUCAACAAAGAGCCCAAGUGGAGAGAAGAAAGAGGUUUAAAAUGCCGAGAGGGAUGGCUGUUGGCCUGUUACUCGAUACCACCUCUUUAAAAAAUUGCACAUGUUCAAUUUGUGUCAGCAGCUAUUUUAUGCUGACAUGCGCUAGCAUUCCUUUCGGUCCUCCUCCCCCCCACCCCACCCCACCGCGAUGUCUAUGGACAAUCAGGCCUUCCUAAGCUUUGACAGUCUAAUGCUGUCAUGGAAUGUAAUCUGAAGUGUGCCCCCACACCCUGGACCUCUCCCUAGUGAUCGUUUCACCAGCUAGAUCUUAAUUAGAGCCUGGCUGCUCAAGCAGGAAUGUUGCACAAAAACAUACAUUCGCGAUUUGGUCACAGAACACAUAGGCUGCUUCUCCCACGUGGCUGUGGUUGCAUGGCUUUAAAGAGACACUUUAGCCCCGCAGCCUCACUCCUGAAAGAAAGGUUUGAGAACACUCAUUUGUUUUUUCUAGGACAACUUUUAUGAGCCUCCCCAUAAAAGUCUCACCUCUCUAGUCCUAAAUUAGAAUGGCAAGUCAUCUUUUCUAAAAACUCGUGCUAUUAAAAUCCAUCUUUGAAAAUUAAGAGUUUCUUUAAAAUUUAUAAAUGGCAUUUCUAUGAUGGUGUAUACCAAAACUAAAAGCCCUUGGCUGGUGGACUUUUUUAAGUGUAAGAAAGAGAAAAUAUGAGAAUUAGGACUGUGUUCCCUUCAGCAGCAUAUAUACUAAAACUGGAACCAUGCAGAGAAAAUUAGCAUGGCCCCUGCACAAGGAUGACACAUAAAUUCAUGAAGCAUUCGGGAGAAAAAAAGCAUUAAGGCCAAUGUUUAUUUUUUAAUAAAAAUAUAGAAUAGUGAUGUUUUCUUCAGCUGUAUGAUUCUAUUAUACUUGAAUUGAGACUGAAGAAAAACUUCAUAUCCUAUGCCUUUAUUUGUUAUAGAUCUUAUAAUUUAUCAAGUGAGUUUAUGUGUCUUUACUCUCAACACAAGUCUCAAAAAUCAUAUUUAAAUUCUUAGUGAUAGGUUUCACUGCACACCAUUUCCUCCGUAAUUCAUUAUCUGAAGCUUUGUGAAUUCUUCUAGGUAAAAGGAAGGUUAUGGUUAGAGAGCUGGAUCUCAGCAAUUUAAAUAUGCACAGAGAACACAGCCAAGUGGCCAGACCUGAGCCUCAGAGGGAAGCCCAGGUGUUCCCGAAAUGCCCCAAAUGGCAUUUCUGCUGCAAUUAGUUACAUAUCUACUAAGAUACAUUUGCAGGUGGAAUCCAUAAUAAUGUCUGUUAUUUAUGAUCUACCUUAUAUUUAAAUGAGAAGGAAAGAGGUAGCCUUCACUGUAACCAACAUCAAAUAAUAAGCCCUAUCCUUAAUGACAUUUCAAAACUUCAGAUCACUUCUGACGUGUCCAUCCAAUAUUAUUCCAGCCGAUUGUCUUGUGUUUGUGUAAGUUAACUCAGAGCUAUUGAGACUGUAAUUUUAACAGCUUCAGGUCUUUUAGCUUUGUUCUUUGUCAUAACCUACAAUCCUGAACAGACAGGAUGCAAGGGAGAGAGCUUCGAAUUCAUCCUCAAUGUAUGAAAAAUAACCCGGAGUCCACGUCUGGCUCCUAAACUCCUGAUAACAAUUCCUGCCAUUGUGGAAAAUGUCACAUUCAUUCAGAUAAAACAGUCACAUAAUUUAUGGCAUGUUUUACUGAGUUGGUCCCCCAUGUUGGCACUGGAAGCUCAGCUAAGAAAUGUGUGUGGUGCCUUAAACAACAGACUUCUGGUGACUUUUAAAACUGGUUUCAGAGAUUGGGAAAACAAUAGACUGAAGAGUUUUGCUUCAAGGGGGACUGCAUGUAUAGCUACAGUGCAUGGUUUUGAGCACUGAAGAAUUUUGCACAGACGUAAUCAUAAUGCAGGAACUUUAGUGGCUGCCAACAUUUCAUCUAUUAAAAGUUUUGAGAAAUGACAUUGACUUAUGCACAUUUUAGCAAUCCAGCAAUGCUUUAGAAGUCCGGGUAACAUAUAAAAUAUAUUCAGACCUACUUUUGCUUUCUAUAUUGCUGCUCUAAAGCAAGGUGAAUAGCAAUUUUAGUUGUACUGGCCUGUAAGAUUUUUUAAAUUACAUAGUGCAUGACAACAACUAAAGCCAAGCUGGGCCUUCUCUUGGCAUUGUGAUUUAGGGAUCUUUAGCUAACACUUGGCUCAUCUGACUAUUUGUCUAAACCAGGGCUUGGCAAACUUUUUUAGUUAAGACAUAGAGA